CUUCUCCCGCGGUCGUUCGCAUAGGCUUUUGUAGAUUCAAGGAUCCAAUUGCAUCUUGAACUUUCAAUUGAAAAGCUAUGACUAGGGCCAAGGUUGAACUUGCUUAUAUCGCUGAUCAUUCGUUAAGGAAAGCAACAUUCAAUAAAAGGAAGAAUGAUAUCAUAAAGAAGUUGAAAGAGCUCACUUUUCUCACUGGGUUACGAGCUUGUGCAAUAAUUUCCAGUGUUUUCAAUGCACCCCCUGAGGUUUGGCCAAAUACAGAGGAAGCUAUGGAUGUGGUUGAGAAGUAUCAUGAUGCACCCGCACUGAAUGAAAGUGAUAAUUUGCACCCACUUAGCUUCAUGAUGCAAACCAUUUCCAAACUCCAAGAUGUUCUGGAAAAGAAGCUUCGUAGGAUUCGUGAGGAUGAGCUAACUAUGGUUAUGUUCAACUAUAUGGAAGACAAAACCUUGCCAGAAGAUCUGAGUUUUGAAGACUGUAAUAUUAUCAACGAGUUAGUUCAAAAGAAAAUCGAGGAAAUUGAUUUGAAGAUCGCUAUGCUUAGUUAAAAAAUAUUGUA